AUGGCCCCGAAGCGCGUAGCCUUCAACAUCGAAGCGCCCGACAGUGCCGUUAUACAGGGCGUUGCGCCAGCUCCCGACAACUUUUACGGCCAAUCUGCCGGGGCCCCCUCACGACCGCCAUCGAGAACAAACAAUCGAUCGCCGCUUGGCGCGCCGACGAGCGCGGCUCAAGAAGACGAAGACCUCCAGGCAGCUAUUCGGAAUUCUGCCAUUGAGUCAGGUCUCACGCCGCAGGAAGCCGGCGUAACCAACACCGGCGCCAAUGCAGCUUAUUUCGGACCUGCUAACCGUGCUGACUACGACUCCAACAGCUGGGCUAUGGUUCCUACCGGAGUGGAUUCGUCGGAAUCUAAGAGUAACGACGAUUCCGCGCCUUCACUUAGGAAGAGAGAGCCGGGUGCCCCCGCCUUUCUUGUUCAGCAGCCGCAUUCGCGUACCGAACAACACCGGUUGGGCUCCAUUCUGACGAUUCUUCACGAGAUCCCUCUAGUUCGAAAUGCUCUUCUAUCAGCUGGCGAGCAGGCGGCGUCAUAUGGCUACAAUAGCGAGUGGUGGAAAGGUCAACCUAUAUACAAACCCCAUGUACUGGCCGCCAUGGAAAGGGACGAACUCCAGUGGGGUGAUGACGCAAAACCGGACUUUCACGAGGAGAUCCAUCGCCUCAUGGCCUUCUUGGAUCAAACGGAGAGAAGUUACGGAUCCGUCGAGGCGAUGGCCUACCUCGUGCCCGCAUCUUCCUAUCCUCUUGAGAGGCAGUUCUUUGACAGCUUGCACGAUCACACAGAUCCUGAAGUCAUAAAGCCACUAACCCAUUCAGCCCACACAAUCUACACGAUGACGCUCGAGAACUACCAAGAGCCUUCAAGGUUCUCCUACCUUAGCUUCGAGCUUCAGAAAGAUCAAUAUGAGAAGACCAAGACGUUGUAUGAAGCUUUGGAUUGGGUGGUAUGGAACGACGCCUGUACAUGGACUGAAAUCACACCAGAGACCAAAAUGGUCUAUCUCGACGAUAUUGGUGAAGUUAUGAUCAUGGCCAUCGACGGGACUGAGCCUCCCGAGUCAAUGGAUAUCCCGGAGGUCUGGUACCCCGAGCGCUACCUUGCUGGUCGGAAAGAGGAGGCGAGGGUGAUCCAGGAGCACAUCGCGUGGGUCUUUAACCGUCUCUACAAGGCAGGCUCGAUGGAGUAUGAGGCCACCAAUUGGGUGGACAAUGACACUUACAAGGUGUACGAUGUCAAGGAGAUGUUGGAGAAGACUAUCAAGGAGUACGAGGGGCAGGUUCAAUAUCUCGACGGACUUGGACGUUUCCGAGAGCUGCAAAAGCUUGCCGAUGACGAGAAGCAGUCUGUCCGGCCGGAGGAUGUGCCCUGCGUCAAGACGGCGGAAGAAGAAGAACUGUCGAAAACCGCAGAACAAAUGGUCAAGAGGUGCCGUCAACUUCUGUCCGAACAAGAGGCGAAGCUCGCCAAGCUCAAGUGGGAGCGAGAGCGGCUCACGGAGAGACAACGAUCUCUGGGCAAGCUACUCACAGACCCUAACCAUCGGGGGCUAUCAAAGCCGUUCAUUGGCAAGAAGUACCUCCUCAGAGGUGUGUCCACUGGCAAAGAUGUGACAUAUGUUUGCAAGAGGGAGGAGCCAAGCCUCAUUGAGCUUGAUGAAAACUCUGGUCCAGUAGAUCAGUGGUGGCGGCUGUCCUAUACUACAGGCGACGCUCAGCCUGCAAAAGCAGAGAGAGUGUCCUAUGAGUUGGUGAUGCGACAAAUGUUCCAAGAAACACGCAGGCCAAUGUUUGUGUACGCCACGGAAGACGCUAUCAACCAAACUCCUGUGCCUCUCUCGGACGCCCUCCAGCGCUUCGUUCGUGCUGAGAACAAGAACUUCCGCCAAGAGCUGAGCCGGGAAACAACAGAUGGAGCCGCAGAAGCGAGGGACGUAAACGCAAACACAUCUCGGGUGUCGCCCGCGAAGAGACAGUAUCGGUCUGGUAGCGUGGACUCGAUGGACACCAACCGUGCUUCCUUGGGAGGCAGCGAUACAAAUUCCAGAGAUGGAGACUUCGAGUUGGACCAUGAUGUUUUCGGUGCCGGGGAUGGCGUAGGAGACAUCGCUAUGCCGGACCUUUCACACAGCCAGAUUAUCGACAACAGCAAGAGCCUUGCCGAGGUCAUGUACUCCGGCGGAGCCCCGGCAGCAGGAACCUCCGACAUACUAUCGGUACCGCAGCUUACAGAAAGCUCUAACGAAGCUUCAGCCAGCGGUGGUGUGGAUGUUAGUCGCACAGUCACGCCGGAUUUCGAGGAUCAGCCUAAGGGACCUGAGAUGCAGGAGCGAAGCAGCAAUGGGGGCGGAUCACCUUUCAUGGCAAGGCGUUCAAUACACUUUGGGUCACCACCACCCUACGACCCCAGAGACGAACAAAAGACGAUUAAGAUUAUGGAUAUGGAAAUGCCUGAUGAGCAUCAGUAG